UGAAAAUUUGGGAAUGUGGAAACUCAGGAAUUUAACAAUUAGGAAACUUAGAAAUCUGAAGGCAAAACUAGGAAAACGAAAAGAUGAAGCGGUUUUAUUUGACCAUCAUUUCAUGAUAAUAUCUCCCGCUACAAACCUAUAAAUAACCUGCGUCACAGAGCGUCAAACUUCAUACAAGUUCCGCAUAAGUCACCAACAGGUGGUUCUAUAAAAGUGUUGGAAGAAUAACUACAAAGUAGUAUUUCUACGACUUAAUUGAACCUGAACUAUGAACAAGUGUUCUUGCAUUCUUCUGCUCGUAGCUGGUUGCGCUUUAACAGAUGCUUCAUACGUUAGUGAAAAUGUGAACUCAGCCUUCUUACGUUUUUACAACAGGAAUGGCCCUUCUGUGGAUGUUAGUUUACCGAACGCAAAACACAUCGUAUCUCAGAUGAAUUUGCAUAAAUUGACUAUAAUAUAUAUUCAUGGUUACUUGGAAAGUGUUGUUACAAGUGGUGUAACACCAAUUUUAGACGCCCUCUUAAAAUACACAACGGCCAACAUAAUUGCAGUAGAUUAUAGAAGAGCAGCUUUAUUGUUUUACCCGUUGUCUGUCGCAAUAGUUCCGGCUGUUGGUGCCAAGGUAGCUAAAAGUAUAGAGAAAAUGGUAGAAGCAGGUGUGAAUGCUAAAAGCAUACAUAUCAUUGGUCACUCGUUAGGAGCUCAGCUUGCUGGAUGUAUUGGCCGCAGUCUAAAAUUCAAACUUACUAGAAUAACAGGUUUGGAUCCUGCUGGACCCUUGUACUACUUAAAGUAUCCUCAUUUGCGUGCUUCCGAUGCCAAAUUUGUGGACAUUAUACAUACAGACUCCGGUGUUUUCGGGUUAGCUUUACCCACUGGCUCUGUGGACUUCUAUCCAAAUUUUGGUCAUGCACCACAACCGGGAUGUUAUUUUUUAUCAACGACAUCUUUAGAACAAGUGCUCUGUAGUCACCAUAGGUCAUGGAGGUUCUUCAUAGAAUCACUCAAGAACAAAGAUGCUUUCGUAGCUGUUAAAUGUCAGAGCAGUUUGACCUUCGCCACUGGAUCAUGCAAUACAAGUGAGAAGGCUAUUAUGGGCUACUAUACAUCACCCGAAACGAGAGGUGUGUACUGCCUUCAAACAGGUCCGGAAGAGCCUUUUGGUUUAGGAUCCGCUGGAGCGUUGUUCAACGCCACGUUAUGGAGUGAAUCUAUGUAAUGGAUUUUACUUCUAUCACUGUACAAAAAUGAAAUAUGUAA